AUGAGCACUUGCACAACACAACACGAAGUGCUUGACUUUAUUGAUUUUGUUAACGCCUCUCCUUCCCCUUUCCAUGCUGUUCAUGAAGCUUCCACUCGGUUAGAAAAAGCAGGGUUUCAACGUAUUAACGAAAAAGACGAAUGGCAUUUACAAAAGAAGGGCAAGUAUUAUUUUACUCGCAAUGGAUCUUCUCUUGUAGCCUUUGUCGUGGGCAAUCGCUAUCAACAUGGAAAGGGUGGGUUCUCGAUGGUGGGGGCACAUACAGACUCGCCUUGUUUAAAAGUAAAGCCUAUUUCUAAAAAGGAACAAGCGGGAUAUAUUGAAGUAGGUGUACAAUUAUAUGGUGGAGGUAUUUGGCAUACAUGGUUUGAUCGUGAUCUUGGUAUUGCUGGACGUGUGAUGGUUCAACAAGAAAAUGGAUCUUAUAAACAUACACUGGUGCAUAUUAAAAAACCUAUUUUACGUGUACCUACACUUGCUAUUCAUUUGGACGGAUCUGUCAAUGAAGCAUUCAAAUUCAACAAAGAAACCCAUAUGGUUCCUGUAUUAGCCACCGCUGCUAAAUCUGCAUUGAAUGCUGUCCCACAAGAAAAGUCUUGGGGCCCAGAUCAAACAAAAAAUCAUCACCCAACCUUGAUUCAUAUGUUGGCUGACACAAUGCAAGUCGAUGCACGUCAAAUUUGUGAUUUUGAGCUAUGUUUGUUUGAUACACAACCUGCUACAUUAGGUGGUGCCUAUGAUGAAUUCAUCUUUUCAGCUCGAUUGGAUAAUUUGGGCAUGUCUUAUUGUUCCUUGAUGGCAUUGAUUCAAUCCUCCACACAAGAUAGUCUAUCAGACGAGACCAACAUCCGACUUGUGUCUUUAUUUGAUAAUGAAGAAAUAGGCAGUACAAGUGCUCAUGGUGCUAAUUCCAACUUGCUUCCCAGUACACUUGAAAGAAUUAUAGCUUCUCCUAUUGGAUCAAAAUCAGCACCCUUUCAUACAAAAGUAGUCUUUGAACAAGCAAUUCACAAGAGUAUGCUUGUGAGUGCCGAUAUGGCUCAUGCAGUUCAUCCCAACUACAGUGAGAAAUAUGAAGAAAACCAUCGUCCUCAAAUGCACAAAGGAACAGUGAUUAAAAUCAAUGCAAAUCAGCGAUAUGCCACUACAGCACCCACUAGUCUUAUUCUACGUGAAAUAGCUCGUGAGAAACAAAUCCCUAUCCAAGAAUUUGUUGUGCGUAAUGAUUCUCCUUGUGGAUCUACCAUUGGCCCCAUGCUAAGUGCUAAACUUGGUCUUCGUACCAUUGAUGUAGGCAAUCCUCAGCUGAGUAUGCAUUCUAUUCGAGAGAUUGGUGGUGCAGAUGAUGUUAAGAAUGGCACAGACCUUUUAAAGGCCUUUUUUGAAAUGUUUCCUUAUGUUGAUGCAAGGAUCACUGUAGACUGA